AUGAAAAAAAGCUUCUGCCCUUGUGGCGUCGAGCCUGCUAUCUCUCUUUCUCAAGAUCUUGAAAAGCUGAACCGGACUUUCGAAAAGCCCGACAGGAGGCUUGAAGAGUAUGGCGAGAUGCUUCCUUACCUAGCAGCACUUACCGGAUAUGUGCCUUUAAUCGAGAAGAUGAUUCGACUUGGUGUCCCCAAUGAAACGCGCUUUCGCGGAAGGAAUCCCGCACUCUGUCUUGCAGCAUCGGAGGGAGGCCAGCAGUCGCAAAGCGGCUGCUUGAGUCAGCCGCAGACGUGA